AGAAAGCAUGAAACUCUCAUUCUCUCUCCCAUCCAAAGCAUCUUCCAAGCCAAGUCAACACAAGCCCGCUGAGAGUUUCAAAGAAGAUAACUCCAAAGAAGAUGGAGAAAUCAAGCAUGAAUAUGUGACAGAGUUUGACCCCUCCAAAAGCCUGAAGCGUUCAGAAAAGCUUGUAAUUCCGCCUAUGCCUAACGAAUGGAGACCCCAGAAGAAAAUGAGGAACCUUGAUCUCCCUGUUCGCUCUUCUGCCGAUGACCUUGGUGUCGGGUUUGAGGUUGAAGCUCCCUCAACUGCUGGAAUACCUGAUUCAAACAUGUCCUAUGGUUUGAAUCUCAGACAAGAUAAGGAAGUCAAUAUUUGCCAGGAUGACAAAGAUAAGAUAAAAGUGGAUCCUCCUGCCCGAUCUGGACCCAGUGAGGAUUUGACAUUGCUGAGAUUCAAAGAGGAUAUGAAGAAUCUGCCUGACGAUCGAGGAUUUGAUGAGUUUGUUGAUGUUCCUGUUGAGGGUUUUGGGGCAGCAUUGCUUGCUGGGUAUGGAUGGCAUGAAGGGAGGGGCAUUGGAAGAAAUGCCAAGGAGGACACGAAGGUUGUCGAGUAUACGAAGAGAGCCGGGAUGACGGGGUUAGGCUUUGUAACAGAUAUGCCAGAUGCAAAGAACCUUCGACCUGAUUCCAAUGCACAGAAUGUUCCACAGAAAGGGCCUAAUAAACAGAUUGAGCGCUUGCAAGCUAAGGUUGAUGACAUGCCUGCCCCACGGGAGCCUAGGGCUCAGGAGUUGAAAGGGGAGCGGAGUCGGGACCAGAAAAGGGAUCAUAGGCAUGAGAGAGGAGAAAAUUCCAGAGGCAAGGACCAUAGAAGAAAAGAUGAUGAAAGGGGAAGAGAAGAGGGAAGAAGAGGUGAAGAACUGAGACACAGCGAUGCAUAUCAUUCCAAUGGCCGUAGCGAAGAAGAGAGGAGAAUAAAGAUUUCUUGGCUUACAAGUCAUAUUCGAGUUAGAAUUGUUAGUAAAGAUUUCAGAGGAGGGAAGCUGUACUUGAAGAAGGGUGAGAUUAUGGAUGUUGUAGGUCCAACUACUUGCGACAUAACCAUGGAUGAGAACAGGGAGCUAAUCCAAGGUGUAGAUGAAAAAAUUCUUGAGACAGCACUUCCAAGGCGUGGUGGCCCUGUUCUUGUUCUCUAUGGGAAGCACAAGGGUGUGUUUGGAAGUCUUGUGGAAAAGAACAUUGAGAAAGAAACUGGUGUUAUCCAAGAUGCAGAUACACAUGCAUUGCUUAAUGUGCGUCUGGAACAAAUUGCGGAAUUUGUGGGUGAUCCAAGUUAUCUGGGAUAUUGAUUCUCUUAGGCUAUUGCUUUGAUGGAAUUGAAGUUGAACAACUUACUCUGUUCAUGUAGUCCUUUUCAGGUAAUUGGUAAUUGAAAAUUCAUGUUUCCUUCCCCACCCCCCCAAAAAAAAAAAUUAUUGUGAAAUCUUUUGUUCAGUUAAAUGUUACCGGUGACUUGAUUUAUGCAAUGGACUUUGAAAUGCUAAGGGAAACCAAACUCAUUUA